AAGGGCGAGGCGGUCCUCAGUCAGAGCCCAGGUAUUCGGGGCAGGAUCGGGCGGAGGUACGGUCGCGGUGUGAUGACGUCAAGUCGUGGCGUGGCAUGCUCGGCGUGCGCGGCUGAGGUUCGGCUCCUUAGUUCCGGCUCCUGAAUUGGAGGGGAUAACGUGCUGCAGGCCAUGAUGUUACAGGCUGUUGGAGCUGUGGAUGAGGAAGAGGAGCCUGCAGAGGAGGAUUGUCCCGAACUGGUUCCCAUUGAGACGAAGCAAAGCGAGGAAGAGGAAGAGUCUGGGCUCGGCGCCAAGAUCCCAGUCACAAUUAUCACCGGGUAUUUAGGUGCUGGGAAAACAACACUUCUGAACUAUAUUUUGACAGAGCAACAUAGUAAAAGAGUAGCAGUCAUUUUAAAUGAGUUUGGGGAAGGAAGUGCUGUGGAGAAAUCCUUAGCUGUCAGCCAAGGUGGAGAGCUCUAUGAAGAAUGGCUGGAACUUAGAAACGGUUGCCUCUGCUGUUCAGUGAAGGACAAUGGCCUUAGAGCUAUUGAGAAUUUGAUGCAGAAGAAGGGGAAAUUUGAUUACAUACUCUUAGAGACCACUGGGUUAGCAGAUCCUGGUGCUGUGGCUUCCAUGUUUUGGGUUGAUGCUGAAUUAGGCAGUGAUAUUUAUCUUGAUGGUAUAAUAACUGUUGUGGAUUCAAAAUAUGGAUUAAAACAUUUAACAGAAGAAAAACCUGAUGGCCUUAUCAAUGAAGCUACUAGGCAAGUUGCUUUGGCAGAUAUCAUUCUCAUCAAUAAAACAGACUUGGUUCCAGAAGAGGAUUUAAACAAAUUACAAACAAAAAUUAGAUCCAUAAAUGGACUAGGAAAAAUUUUAGAAACACAAAGAUCAAGAGUUGAUCUCUCUAAUGUAUUAGAUCUUCAUGCUUUUGACAGUAUCUCUGGAAUAAGUUUGCAGAAAAAACUUGAACAUAUUCCAGCAACACAACCUCAUCUUGAUCAGAGUAUUGUUACAAUCACAUUUGAAGUACCAGGAAAUGCAAAGGAAGAAAGUCUAAAUGUAUUUAUUCAGAAUCUCCUGUGGGAAAAGAAUGUGAGAAACAAGGAUGAUCACUGCAUGGAGGUCAUACGGCUAAAGGGGCUGGUGUCAAUCAAAGACAAACUACAACAAGUGAUUGUCCAAGGUGUCCAUGAGCUCUAUGAUCUGGAAGAGACUCCAGUGACCUGGAAAGAUGACACUGAGAGAACAAAUCGAUUGGUCCUUAUUGGCAGGAAUUUAGAUAAGGAUAUCCUUAAACAGCUAUUUAUAACUACUGUGGCAGAAGCAGAAAAACAGUGGACAGUACAUUUCAAAGAAGAUCAAGUUUGUCUAUAACACUAAGAAGCAUUUCUUAUCAAAAGGAUUGGAUGAUAAAAAUGAGAAUAAGUUUCCUACUGGGUGUGCUUCAAACAUCUAUUCGUUACUUUUGUGAUUAAUUCCAGUAUAUUUUAAAAUAAUAUUUAUUUUACAGAAUACAUAAAACUUAGUAAAUCAGUACUGUAAUAUAUUUGACAUUCAUACAAUAAAAUAUCCUCUAUCCU